AUCACUUUACAUUGCAGUUUGACUACUUAUAUUAGCUAGAAGUUGUUAUUAAAGUGCACAAUGCAAAACUGAUGAAUCACUUUAAUUAACCAAUUUACAUAGCAUGACCAGUUGCUAUGGCUAUAACUUUGUCACUGAGUGACGUGUACAAUAUACGGUAUUGUUGAUAUUGCAAUUAUGAAACUGUAAUUUUGUGUGCCACUGUUACAGCACAAUGGCUGAAAGUAAUGUGACGUCAGUGGAAGGUUGUUCAAAAUUUAACCUUAAUUGGUCUCCUGAGGCUCCUGCUGGACUCAAGUUCACAAGUAUUCUACCUGAUAAUUUUGGGGCUGGGUAUGAAGCCUUGCCAAGUGAAAGUGACCAAACAGAACUUAAAACCAAAAUGAAAUCAUCUCGAUUGAGGUCAAGACGACAUUCAAAGGUAUUUUUCACUUACUGUACCAUAAAUCCAGAGAGUUUAUUUUUGACAUUUUAUUUGUUUCUACAAGUAUGCUCUGUCCUUCAUGUACCGGUAUAUAUAUUCAGUAUUAAUCCAUUUCUUUGUUGUGAAGGGCAGGUAAGGCUUAAAUUAAAAGAGAGCGGCUUCAAUGAAGAGGUGGCUAUGCAGGCAUAGUAGACUACUACUGCAAUGUCAUAUUACCAUGAAAAUGUUAGGAUUCUACUGGUAAUUGAUGCUAUGGUACUCACAAUAUCUGGGGGUCACGCACCUACAGUACAAUAAUGGUUUAAAAAUACUCAUUUUCAGUACUUACAAUGUAGACAAUGUACUGAUGUUAAUAUAACAGUAUAUAUAUAAAUUAUGUAAUAUAUAUAAUAUAUAUAAAUAAAUUAUGUAAUAUAUAUAAUAUGUUUGGAAGAAAAAUUGUGCAUUUUGAAAGACAUAAACAAAGAUAAUUUACUCAAUAAAAGAAGCGAAAUUUUCGGCAAGCUAGUGUGGUCACAAAAACCGGUUUCGAGUAAACAAGGUCGUUAACAAAAUUUUAUGACCCAAGCAUUGUUUCGACUAAGCACUGUUUCGCAUACUGUAAGCAUCAAUUGUUUCGUCUAAGCAUUGUUUCGCCUACACGCAUUCCGCGAAUCCGCGCAUUCUUUCGAUAGCAUAAAAGCAACCUACAUUUUCGAAAUUACUCACCACCUGAUGAUUUCUAUACGGAUGAAACAGACUGUUGUGGUUUUUUGAGGUAAAACUAAAAACUAUAAUAUAUAUAAUAUAAUAAUAUAUAUAAUAUCUAUAAUAUCUAUAAUAUCUAUAAUAUCUAUAAUAUAGAAACGAGCAUGGUAAUUGUGUAUUAUUAUGUAUAGAGAUUAGGAACUGGUCAUUACUUACAGGGGGGGGGGAUGUUGGUGGAAAUGGAAAAUAGGAUGCUAAAAUUUUGUUGGCCCCCCUUGAGGAUGACACAAUUAUACUUGAGAGUUGGCAACUAUGCCCUAUAUACAUGUAUCGUAAUUUAUAUAUUCUCUACCAUUUAUUGAGUCAACGGCUGUUCCAAUGUACAUGUUUAUGUUGAAAUCAGUUUAAUAAAUGGUGUGUAAUUACGGGAACCACUCAGUAUUUUAAGAAAAUACAAAAUAACAGUAACUCCGAAAAAAAACUAGUCGAAACGUCGAUUAAAAAUCAAAAUGUUAUUCGGAGUUACUGUUAUUUUGUAUUUUCUUAAAAUGGUGUGUUGUGUUGGAGUUUACUACAGUUCUACUGCUCCCUAUAUUUUUAUCUGUAGGUUUUAUGGUACAACGGGGUCAUGCGGGGGCAGGUAUUUAUAUUGCACAAAAAUUUUUGCCCCCCCCCUUUUUCAUGCACAAAAAUAUCUAACCCCCUCGUUUUCCACCAGGCCCCCCUCCCCUGUAAUUAAUGACCGGUCCCUUAUAAAAUAAUAGAGUGUGCAUGCAUUGCGGGAAAAGUUCAGGCAGAGACAAAUUGAAGCUUGCUAAUAGAGUAAUGGGGGGAAAUUUGAGUUAUACCCAGAUUUAAGACCAAGAAAAUCUAGUUUUUCACCUUUUGCCUACAAUUCAAGUAUUCAAUCCUGGUUUUAUCAACAGUCCUGACUGUUUUACAUUUAUUUGUGACGAAAAAUUGAGGAAUUUCCGUUUUAUAUCGUGGAAAAUGUUAACAUUUCCGACGUGCCGAAGUCACGAAGAAAACACCACUCUUCAACAUCGAAAAAAAGUACUCUAAAACAUUUCUACCGUUCCAAAACUUAUUUUUAAUUAAAGUCCAGGUAUUCUUGUUGAUUUUGAGCUUUAGUCCUUGCUUGAACUAUGCGAAAACUGAAAAAAUCGACGUUUUCAAAGUUGUAUUAUUUUCGUAAUUUCCCACUUAGGAGGACCUAAUUCCCACUCUAUUCUUUUUUAAUCUCUAUGUUAUUAUGCAUGAUUCACUCAAAUGUAUGUUUAUUUUAAAGGUGCUUCGUACUUGUUCUGGACUUAAUUUCCUUGGGGAGAAGAGGUUUCGAGAAGCGGCCAACAAUGGCAAUUUUGAGAUGGUGGAAAGACUGAUUGGAGAAGGAGUGGCCGUCUCUUGUUCUGACUCCAAGAAACGCACGGCUCUUCAUUUUGCUGCCUCUAAAGGAGACAUACCAAUUGUUCGAGUGUUGCUAAGCCAAGGAGCCAACCCUAAUUUGCGAGAUGUGAAUGGAAAUACACCAUUGCAUCUGGCAGCAUGUGCUAGUCAUAUUAAGAUUGUGACAAUGCUAGCUGAACAUGGUGAGUUAUGGCCAUGUUUCUACUGAAUGGAAACACACCAUUGUUAGAAAUACACACAUACUGUAGUAUGAAGUAUUUAAGAACCUACAGUAGGACUGGUAUACUAAUGAUUGAUAUGCUAAUGUUGAGGCAUUUUUUGUGUGCGUUCACGUGAAGCUUGUUUCAAAACAGGCCAAGCCUGUUUUGGAUCCAACUAGCCUUUCUCGCGAUGACGAAUAUCCGCCAUUUUUGGGUGGCAUCUAAUUGUUGUUAACUAAUGCAGACAAUUAAAACAAUGUGAAAAGCAAUUUUUCAAAAUAAACUAACCAUUUACAAAGCAAAUUUACCAUCAUUCGUCCAAAAAAUAUAAAAAUUCACUGUUAUGUGGACUUAUCUCGCAGACUUCGGCUGAAAAGCCACCCAAAAAUGGCGGCGUGAGAAAGGCUAAUUCCCAGUUUCAGGAAACAUUACAAGUUAUAAGAGUUUUGCCAACAUGAACAGGUUUAAAACUUUUAAACAUGCGCUCUGCUUGUCUAAGGGACCGGUCAUUAUUAAUAGUGGGGGUGGGACCGAAGAGAAAAUGGUUGGGUCAAGAGAAAAUGCUAGGUGACCAAGGUCAAGAAAAAAUUGAAUAGCCAUGGGGGUUGGGUAAAAAAAUACUAGGGAUUAUAACAUCAGCAUCAAUAAAAUUUAAUAUAAAUUUAAAAAAAACUUUAAAUAGAAAAAUACACUCAUUUCAGUAGCAUGGUGGGGUGGGUCAUAGACAUUAGUAAUAGACAUUAGUAAUCUGGAACUGUGAAAAGCUGGGUAACUAGUUUUUUUUAUAUCAUGAGAGUUUCUCUUCGGUCCCACCCCUACUAUUGAUAAUGACCGGUCCCUAACUUUACAGUUUUUUGUUCACCUUUGUGCUCGCAUGCAUACCAUGAAUAUUGAAUAUUCUGGCGAUUCAAAUUCAAUUCAGUUGCUUAUGUCCGGUGGAAGCGAACUACGGAGGCGAUCAAAUGAAAACGACCUUUUUGAAACAUUAUGUUAACAAUUAAAUGAAUUAAUAUUAUGAAAGCCAACAAUCAGAAUCCAUAUUUUACUGUGUACAAUUACGAAACGGGUUGCUAAUAAAUACAUACUUAGGACCGCAAGUUGAAUAGAGGGUUCUGUAUAAUUAAGGUAGCUUACGGUAACAGGUAACAACGACAGCUGCAUUAUUACAACAAUGCGUAUUAAAAUAUUUUAGGUGCAAAUGUGAAUGCACUUGAUGAGUGUGGACGAUCUCCUCUACAGUUGGCAUUUGCCAGAUUACGUCUCAUUGAAGAAGAUGAAAUUGCUCAUUCAACAGCGAAAGCUUUCAAAACUGUAGUUAUGGAGGUAGUGAAAUUAUUGCAGAUAUAUCUCUCUAAAGUAGGACAUGUCAGGGACGAACAAGAAAACUUGGAUGACCUCUGUAAUAAACUCGAGAAAACUACGUCCAUCAAACAGGUACGGCAGUACUGCUUUAAUUAAGGGCAUGUUCAUAUUAACACCGGCUAUUCUCAUCUGAACUGGAUAAAACAUCAGAUCAAAUAUUAGUCAAUCGAGAUAUGUUCCGGAAACUUGGUAAACUUCAAAGCGUGUAUAAUUUACAACUGUACAAUAUUAUGUUGAAAUAUCUUCACCGUCUUAUGAAAUUUUGCUUGUUAAUAUUUCAACAGUUUGGUUGAGUGGUUCGACAUGACGAUGCCAUUUAUUGAUUGCUUCAUUAUGCCCAAGUUUGGAUAAACAUGAACAAAAGGAAAUCAGUGUGAUUGACUAUGACUUAAGGUGGCUCCCUAAAGUUUUCUAAAAUUUUAAGAAUUUAGGUACAGUAACCUUCGUUUUCAACCAAAUUUAUAUUGAAUACACUUAAGACAGGGCAAUUGAUCAUUUCCAGGAAAGUUCAGAAGUCUUGUGCUGUCGAUAUAUGAACACUUUGGUGUUAGUGUUGCCAUGGCAACCAUGACGUUUUAUAUUUUGCAUUUUUAUUGUGUACUGUAAUUUCACAAACAAACGACAACAUCUUUUUUUCCUUCGGUUAAUUUUCCUAAAGUUUCUGUUGAAGAUUUCUGGUUGAUAGAGGAAUAACAUAUUAAAAUUUGAAGAGAGGUUCAGGCCUUAAAAUAUCUUUUCCAGGGCCGUCUGACAAAAUGUCCGGUGAUGUUGAGUUUGGGUCGGACAUAUGUCCGAUGACUUUCAGUUCAGUUUUGACUCGGAAAUAAGUCUGAAUGACACAAAUGAAUAAACGGUAAAUGUUGUAAAGAUAUUAAAUAAUUUCUUUCAUACUUAUUUCCAAGCCAAAAUCAACUCACUUGCCAGAACAGCAGUGUUAAAAAAGACUUCGACAACUUUAAGCCCGUUUUCCACUUCACCAUUUCGCUCGCCGCCCCGCGCUCGACUACGUUAAAACAACAUUUCCAGUACACCUUUUAUACAAUAGUACGUCGGACAAAGCUACAGUUCGGUCGGACACCAAUUCACUUGGGUCGGACAAACAAUAAACCUCAGUUUCACUUUGGUCGGACAGAAUGUCCGGUGGUUUCCUCUCUACGUCGGACAAUUUCACGAACGGGUCGGACAAUGUCCGUGACCGACCGAUAUUUUAAGGCCUGGAGGUUUAUAAGGCAGGUUUCGAGAUAUUCAUGAAUAACCACUACAGAAAUACAACGUGGAAUUUCUUAAAAUUGUGAUAUUUUACUGAUCAUCAUGCUUAGCAAAUGUGCAAAGUUUAAAAAAAAUCACCGAGGAAACGCGGGAAAAAUAGCCCUAAAGUGCAGUCUUAAAAGUCUUGUUUGAACGGGGAUGUAUUGAGCACUUUGAUCAAAAUUAAAGUUAUUAAUAAAAUUAUUAAAGUUUAGACGUAAAACAUAAGCAAACUCGCAAAAAGAGAAGGCUCUUAAUAUCCUAUAUUCAGUCCUUUUUUGACCGCUGAAAAUGCUAAAAAUGGCGAGGUUUCGGGUUUGUUGACGUAUUAUUUUCGGUAUUUCAUGUCUAUAUAUGGCUAGUAGCAGUGCAAUUUGUUCGAAAUACAGUGCCAUAAAAUGAAAUACAGUGCAAAAAAAGAAAUACAGUGCAAGUUAUGCGUGGCAACGACGUGCACAAGACAUAUCGUGCACAGCACAUAUCGACAGCACAAGGCUUCUGAACUUUCCUGGAAAUGAUCAAUUGCCCUGUCAAAUUUGGUUAAAUACGUAAAAACACACUGGAAGAUAGGUUAAAAAUUAAGAGGAGAUUUUUUUGUAUGUUACGUAACACGCACUCAAAACUACAUAAUGCGUAUAAUGUAUCACUUGAGGUUAUGACUAAAUUCAAAAUUUUCAUUUUUCGAUACGUUUCUCAAUCGGCAAACAAACUUAAAAGGUAUGUUUAGUGCUUUAUCUGUAAAAUAAUGCUAAAAUGAAGAGAUUUUAGAUGAUACGCCAAAGAGAAAAUGAUGUCUGAAGUUCAGUAAGUUUUGCUUAUAUGGCUGUAAAUAUGGCGUCAAUUUUAAAGCAUCAUUGAUAAUUGUAUUUUAAUUGACAAUUUUUAACUAUUGCGGUGCCCAAGUUUGGCACCACAUUAUAUUCUGCCUGUGAGUUUGUUUGUCCGUUUGUUAGUGUGUUCGCAUCAAUACGUUUCCUUAAUCGCCCAGUAAGAAUUCCUUGCACGUGCUCGAAAUUUAUUCAUUUUUGCGGGAAAAUUAAUUAAUCUUGGACUCUCAGGACCGACUGUUUGCUGGGCUUUAUCUCUGGUUUUAUGCACCAAACAAGGGCAAAAAUACCACUGUUCGAAGCAGCGUAAAACGUUGUAUUUAUGGAUGGGAAAUUGAUUUCAAAAUUGAUUUCUAUUCCAGCGAUUCAAGGGUUUUGCCGCUCAAAAUAAUCCUUUCAUGUUUUCUGAAUUCCUUUUUUCGAGGAAAGUUUUCUUUCCAAUUAAUCUUGGACUCUGUCUUAUCUCUGCUGGUUUUAUGCGCCCAGUAAGGACAAAAAUACCACCGUUUCAGCGUAAGAAAUUGUACUUACGGAUGUCAAAAGUAUUACUAAACAACAGUAUUCUAGCGAUUUAUGGCCUUUGAAAGUCAAGCGAAAUUGUUUGUUGACAAAUCGCUCAAAAUUAUUAAACUAAUCAAAAAUGCAGUCCGUUUGACCUUCAUAACUUCGGCGGUAUUGUUGGUUUUCUUGUUUUCUUGGCCUUAUACCAAUGUUUUAUUUGUUCGGCGGGCACCGCAUUUUAGUACUGUGUCUGGUUAUUUUAUGUUUCUCAACCGGUAGAUGCAUUUAAAAAGCAGCUAACUCUAUGAACUAGAGAAUAAAGCUAAAACAAAGUAAUUUUGAGAGGAACGCCAAAAAGAUUUUAGGUAUUGAACAUUUUUCAUUGCAAAUACGUGACAUUGAAAAAAAUUGCCUCUUAAAAACAACAUAUUACGUACAGGUACUGUUUUGAAAGUUUAGGAUUAUGAUAAAAAACUGGCGUUUUCUUUGCAGAUAAAACUCAAAAACAACUUCUCGCCUUGUUUCAAAAUUUGCACUGGGCCACGAAGUGACGAAGAGUCCUCGUGCGUGUCACGAGUGUUAUGUUAUUAGUCUGUUUAUUAUGUUACAAACAACCCUUAUAUACAUGAAUCUAAUUAGCAUGCAUAUAUACUGAAUAUAUUACAAUUCUCUUUUUUUUUUCUUUUUUUUUUUUUAAAGUUAUUUAAAAUUGUAUAAGGUCUCUAAUUAAACUAAGUGUCUAUUACUGUUCGAUGAUAAUACUUAAUAAUACUAGUUCACGACUAAUGUUUAUUAUAUAUAACCAUUAUAUAUUUAACUUAAUAGUCAAUCUAAAUCUAAAUGUCUCGUAAAUAAUAUGUUCAUGAUAACCUUAAUUAACUAAGUUAACAUGCUUGAUAUCUUUCAGGUGGCUUACUCAAUCGUCCGCUUCUAGUUUUAUAAUAUUGUCCAGUACUUGGCUCUGAGACUUGUUCCUCACGAACUUCUCUGGCACCAUCAGACUGGAAAUCUUCAAUUGGUUCCCACUGUCUUGAUAUCUGAACACCAUACUUCUGCUUUCUGAUAUGAUUUCUGUUUCUUCUUGACCAUUGGGUGUUUGAAUGAUGUACGAUCUCGGUGUUUCCAGUUUCUCUUUGAUCACUGCUGGUUUCCACUUAUUCUGUACUUGGACUCGUACUGCUUCUCCUUCUUGCACUGCCGGAAGCUCCGUGGACCCUCUGUCAUAAUAUCGUUUUUGCUUUCUUUGUUUUUCUUCGAACUUUUCUUUCAUUCUCUCAGGAUCAACAACUUUUGGCUGAAGUUGAUUUGGGGUAGUUGGUAAGUGCGAACGCAAACGUCGGCUCAUCAAUAUUUGUGCUGGUGAAGCUACGUUACCAAUGGGUGUGUUGCGAUACUCCAACAAACUUAGGUACGGAUCUUUUCCAUCUUGUUUUGCUUUCGAUAGCAAACGUUUCACAAUUUGAACUGCUUUCUCAGCCAAACCGUUUGAUUUCGGAUAAUAUGGACUUGAAGUCUGGUGCUCGAAAUUCCACUUUUGUGCGAACUGCUUGUACUCCCUGGCAGUGUACUGAGGACCGUUGUCACUUCUUACGACUGAUGGAAUUCCAUGUCUUGCAAAUAUGGACUUCAUAUGAUUCACAACAGUUCUGCUGGUGGUGUUUUCCAACUUGACUACUUCAAUAUAACGCGAAUAAUAAUCUGCCACGACCAGAUAGUUGUUCUGUUCCCACUGAAACAAAUCAGUUGCGACCAUUUCCCAGGGUCUCGAUGGUAUUGUUCCUUGCACCAUGGGUUCUUUGGGAUUCGACAUCUGGUAUUCUUGGCAGGUUUGGCAUUUGGAUACAACGGCUUCAAUUUGCUCAUUCAUUCUUGGCCAAAACAUGUCCCUUGCUCGUCGUUUGGAUUUCUCUAUGCCCAUGUGACUCUCGUGUAUUCUUUCUAGCAUCUUUCCUCUCAUACUGAGGGGUAUGAUAAUCUUGUCUUGCUUCAACAAGAUUCCAUCUACUUCUGAAAGCUCGUCACGAUAAUUCCAGUAGUCCUGGAUUUCGCAAGGUGUUUGUUUUCUUGUCUCUGGCCAUCCCCUUCGGAUUGUUGAGAACAGGGUCUUCAUGGUCUGGUCAAUCGCUGUUUCGUUCUUGAUCUGUUCCAGUCGUUCUUCGGAUACUGGCAUUCUGCUGGUUACCGUGUGCACGUAAUGAUUUGCGUCCAGUUUGGAGAAUACUCUGGCUCCGGCCACACGCGUCGUGAUUUCCUCUAUUGUUGGCAUCUUGAAGUGUUCUCGCUUGAUAGCUUCAUUGAGUGGUCUUGGAUCAAGACAAAUUCGUAGUUUGUCACUGUUUGGCUUCUCUAUAAUCACUGUCGAAUUCACCCACUCGGUUGGACCAUCGACUUUCUCCACGACUCCCUUUUCUUCCAUAUCAUCUAGCGAAGACCUCAGCCUCUCUCUGAGCGCAACUGGUGUACUUCUUAAAGGACUGACGACAGGUGUAAUCGUAGGGUCGACUUCGAUGUGGUAUGGAUUCUUUAGGCAUCCCAAACCUUGAAAUACUUUAGGAAAUUUCUCAUGAAUGGUUUCUGCUGAUUGACCAAUCACAUUGUUCACAUUCAUGAUGAUUUUGAUCAGAUUCAGUUCUUGAGAAGCUUUCAAACCAAUGAUGGGAACUUGUCCAGUUUUUACCACGAAAAAUUUCAAUGUCUUGUUGUUACAUUUCAGAUUGCAUUCUCCGACGACCGGUAGAUAAUCGCCAGUGUAACUUGUUAACUUUGCUGUUGGUCUUUCUAACCGGGUUUGUUUGAGCUUCAUCUUCUCGAAUGUAGGUAGGGGUAUUAUAUUGGCUUGUGAUCCCGUAUCAAUCUUGAACUUGAUCUCAUUUCCCUCGAUUGAUAAAGUUUUGAAAACAUUCUCUUCGUUAUGAAUUGAAUUAACCGCUCCAAUAAACAACGGUUCGUCAUCUGUACUCGCUUUGUCUACUGCAUGUAUUUUCUUUGACUUGCAGAAUUUAGCGAAAUGAUUCUUUUUGUCACACUUAAAACAUUUCUUACCAAAAGCUGGGCAUUCUUUCGCAGGAUGAGACUUUCCGCACUUUCCGCAACACGAUACUUGUUCUUGUUUGUUGCCGCCGUUAUGCUUGAAAUCACGCCUUCGAUUUGCAUCUAAUUUGCUACGAUAAUUUCCUGAUUUGUUAUAUUUUCCUAUGGCCUUGACGCUCUGAACAUCGUUUAGUACUUUUAGUUGUUCCUCAGACUGUUCGUUUAUUUGACAUACUUCUAACGCUUUAUCUAACGUUAACUUUCGUUCUCGCAAUAACCGUUCUCUCACACGCUCCGAUUUUAUUCCGUAAACAACGCGGUCCCUAAUCAACUCGUCCUCAAGAGACCCGAAGUUGCAAUUCUUAGCGAGCAAUUUAAGUUCAGUUACGUACUGAUCGGCUGUUUCGUCGUCUCUUUGCACUCGCGUAUUAAACUUGUAUCUUUCCAUAAUCGUGUUUCUUCUGGGUUCACAAUACUCGUCAAACUUCGCGAAUAACACGUCGAUUUUGUCCGUUUGAGCCUCUGUAAACUUCAUUGUGUUAUAAAUGUCUCGCCCGUCUUGUCCGAUCACAUACCGGAACGCCGCACAUUGUUCUUUCUCGCUGGCUUUAGACAUGUUUAAUCCAAGAUAUAACUGCAUAGUUUCCUUCCAUCGUCUCCAUCUUUCGGAUAACGACAACUGUUCAGUUGUUGAAAAAUUCAUCUCUAAAGGAGGCUUCAUAAACGGCUCCAUCCUGACACCAUGUUAUGUUAUUAGUCUGUUUAUUAUGUUACAAACAACCCUUAUAUACAUGAAUCUAAUUAGCAUGCAUAUAUACUGAAUAUAUUACAACGAGGAUGACAUCUGAUAUAUAUAAUAAUAUAAAUAUGUUUUAAACUGUACUAUAACUGUAAGGAGCCACCUUAAGUUAGACCAACAUUACACAUGUGCUUGACUGAGAUCAUGCUUAAAACGUGAGAUAAAAUCAGUCAAUUUCCGUAUUAAAAGCCACAAUUUCAAUACUGCAAUUUAGUACCCUUAGACUAUUUCCAGCCAUUGCAAGCGAAAUCCCAACCUCGUUACCAGGCUCUUCCCUCUUGUGGAGGUUGGCCAAAUCCUAUCCUGAUCCGUGUGAUUAUGAUAUGGAAAGUCACCCAUCAGAUCUCACCUAACGGGGCUGGCUCAUUUCCCAUACAUAGACGACGGGCUUACACUGUACUUGUAAGACUUCCUGGUUAAAGGUUUUUAUCUAGUCUCUGUCUUAAUUUAAUCUAAACAUUAACUGAACUGAGGGGUGUGAGUUGCUGCGGUAUAAAGAUAAUGCUCGGGGUGAGCAUAGGGGGUCUCUGUGCUUUGCACGUGAAUGAUAAAUUCUACAUGAAGUAACCACACUUUAAUUGUUUCUAGGUGGAUGAAAUUCACGAAUUACUUUCUAGUUUUACAUCACUUAGCUUAUCACGGCGUGGUCUAAAUACAUAGCCGAAGAAAGUCCAUCCAUGGUAACUGGUUGCUGUGGUGCGAACUCGAGUCUGGGUAAACUUGGGGUCUCUCACUUUAGUAGAGUGUAGCCUGGUUUCCAUUUAGUCAUGCCUGUCACGACCAAGUCAUAGUCGCCGAUGUGAAAUAGUCCAAAUAGCGAAAUAGUGCUGUAUAGAAAUCAAUAUUUGCGGGCAGAGAGAUUGACAUGCUUGCUCACAGUCACAACCAAAUUGAAACCAAUCUGCACCAGAUGUCGCACCGUACACUACAUGUAGCUAAUGUUUCCAGCGUGGGAUUAUUCCUCAUUGGAGUGAAUCCACAGUAUUUGGCAAGAAUUUUUCUCUGCAACUAAUCAUAAAUAAUGGCUCCACAUACCGCAGACAUUCGCUGUUUUUAACACUGUUAUAAAGCCAUGUCCAUAUAAUGUACGUGCACAUUUGUGUACUGCAGAAGAGAAAAAUUAAUUACCUCGUCGGUACUGGACUUUGACAAAGAAAAUGAUUCUUGAGCAAUCACACAAGAAAGAGAACUUGUCAAGUUUAGUACAGCAUUUAGAGAUUACAAGAUGCUCCCCAAAAUUUUAGAGUUAUCGUACUGGGUAUUGUACGUUUGGAGCCCAUUUACGGCUAGGCGCAGGCCAGCAUUCAGGGCCGCCGAGAGGGGGGGUGCAUGGAGGGCAAGUUGCCCCGGGGCCCCACCUUAAUAGAGCCCCAACUUGAGGGCGAGAGCCUAAAAUUGAGUAGGUUCUUUAGCAUUUUUGAAAUUGAGGGCCCCUUACAGUAGCUCCACAUGCAGUCUAGCUAGGGUCUACAUCGGUGACUGACUUGGAUCUAGCUUAAAAUAAUGAUGUCAUGGGGCCCCAAAGAAGAUUUGCCCCGGGCCCCGCGAAUUCUCUCGGCGGCCCUGCCAGCAUUAGCGAGCUUAAGCAAGUGACUUGAGAGCCUCUACGCAGGCUAGCAAGUGACGUUUUUGACAACACGGACGUCGACCGGAAGUAAAGUUGACGUUUUUCACCAAUCACAGCCCUUGACCCAGUCUUCUGACGUUACUCGUUACCGUUCGUGUUGUCAAAAACGUCACUUGCUUAAGCUCACUAUUAACUAUACACUACAGCUACCGAAGCGUGUCAAAAACAUUUUUAAAUUUCAAAAUUUAGUGAAUGUUGAUUGGGUAAUACUUCCGUAGUACGCCAAAAAGUUGACUUGCAACGAAGUUUUUAUUUUGAUACCGAAUACACCCGGAAGUACGUGAAUUUAUUAACCUAUUUUCAAUCUGCGCAUGCUCACCAGUACGUUUCGGUAUACGGUUGAAGUGGAAAACUGGCUUAACUGUUUGGGCUGUGGUCUGGGAGAAAAAAAUACGCACGUGUGACGACCAUACAAGGACUACUUUAGUUUGCAUUAAUCUAGUACACAAAACCGGAUAUAAUUUUCUUUUACUACAAUAUAAUCUAUAUGCUGAUAGCAUGCAAUGUUGCAUACAGGUACGCAUAUUACGAAGAGAACAAUAAAACAUUUUAAAUUAGUAUAUGGCUAAUUCAUUCGAGGUUCAAGGUCAAAAGACAGAAGAUCGAGUCUGAUCGACCCAACUGCAAUGGACGUGCAUCCAUUGUGUUUCGCGAAAUGCUACGAACAAAUAGAAUACUAAAAAUAAGGCAAUUGUGUUUUUCUUGCUUAGAGAUCGGUUAUGAUAGGGCAUGUCCAGGUAAUGUUACUCGGAUUAUAGCUGUGUUUUUGAAAAGGAAUGUGGGAAACAGGUUAAAUAGC